AACGCUACACAUGGCUUCAGGUAACAAAAUGAACCUUGAAACACGCGGACUAUACAUUCACAGGGAGAGACCAUGUUUAAAGAUGUUGUUUAUUGGCCUGUGCCUUGGAAUUACAGGAUUUCUGGUUUUAUGGACUUACCUGGACAUUAAAGAAGAUAAACAUCCUCCAACCAGCUUUUUGUCAAAACAUUUUGCAAAACUUUACAACUCCAGAAACAUCUCCACCUCUCCUGCAGAUGUUCAGCCAGAAAUCAGUUCAGAAGACUCAGAGUCAAGUUCAAGUUCAUUUUACUCUGAAUUUGGAAUCAGUUCAGAAAGUUACUCCAGUUUACAGCAGACUCUUCACUGGGCUGGACCAGACACAUUAAUCACAAGUGUUUCUAUGAGUACAAGUCCAGCUCACUCCACUUUCAUCAUUCAGAACCUGAAAGAAAGCUACCAAAUAGGGGAGGAGCUUUUUGUUACUAUCCAUGCCAGGGACUUUAACAAUAGAUCUAAACUUUAUGGAGGGGAUUUCUUUCAAGCAAAGCUUUUCUCAUCCAAAAGUCCCCAAAAGGCCAGUGUGUUUGGGGAGGUGGUGGAUUUGCUCAACGGUUCCUACUCAGUGCGUUUUCUUCUGCCGUGGGUUGGAGAGGCACAGGUGGCUGUGCGUCUGAUCCACUCCAGUGAAGCUGUGCAGGUCCUCAAGCAUCACAGAGACACAGACUCUGACAGAGUUUUCUUUAAAGGAUAUUUUGAAGGACCAGGACCAAAUGGGACCCGACUGAAAGAAACAAUGUUGUGCAAUGUGAAGUGGGACAAAAAUGGACUGGAGAGGAUGGGGACUAAAGAUUGCUGCUGUGAUUACAAAGAUUCUCGCAGUGGAGAAGAAUGGCGCUGUCAGAGACCCAAAUCCCUGCCAUGCAGCGCUCGCGUGUAUCACUCUAUGGGCGGGUAUAAAAAACGUGUGACUGCCAAAGAAGCAAUGUUCAUGAGGCAAACCAACAAAGGCAUCAAUGGACGAAGAACACCAAUCAAGAUUCUUUCUUACAAUGAAACAGUGGGAAUUGAUGUAACACAGAAAUGUCAUCCUGGUUUGCACACACCAGUUCCGGCUGGGUUUUACCUCAAUGAUGUUUGGAAGUCCUUUGUGUGUAGCACCCGUCAUUUUACUACCCAAACAACAACACAGUGCCUGAAAGACAAACACAUCCACAUGAUGGGAGACUCGACCCUGAGGCAGUGGUUUGAGUUCUUGCUGAAAACAGUACCAAGUGAGAUAGAUAUAAAUCUCCAUAUGAAUCUAAAAAUCAUUGAAUGUUUACUGGUUCAGUAAGAUUUUAUC